UUUUGUUCUAUAAUUUGCGUUGUUAGAACGCUGUUUUUUAGGACUGAAAAUGUCAGAUACUAUGGAAGUUGAGAGCAGCCCAAAAGAGACGCCAAAGGAAGAGACGUCACCAAAGGCUCUUCAGGAAGCUGAAGUGGACGAAAUGAAGAAAUAUAUGGGACCCUAUGUUCGUGAAAUUCAGGAAAUAGAGAAGAAAAUCAAAGAACUCGAAUCGGAAGUGAACAAGGCUGUUGGCGCAAAGGAAAGCGAUACGGGUCUUGCCCCUCCCAGUCAAUGGAAUCUGGAUCAGGACAGCAAACGAGCCAAGGGCAAGAGCUACAUGAUUGCCCAAUGCGUACAAGCGAUCACAACCGAAAAGAAAGAGCCCGCCUUCGUGAUCCAAAUCCCCCAAUUCGCCAAAUUCGUCUCCGGUCUCGACAAGAACGUCUCCUCGGUGGACAUCGAAGUCGGCAAGCGGGUCGCCGUCUCCCAAGACCACUACACGAUCGCCAAAUCGCUCGACAACGCCAUCGACUCCUCCGUAUCCAACAUGGAGAUCGAGGAAAAGCCCGACGUCACGUACGACGACGUCGGCGGCUGCGCCGACGCGCUUCGCGAGCUCCGCGAGGUCGUCGAGACUCCUCUCCUCCACCCCGAGCGUUUCACCGACCUCGGCAUCGACCCGCCCAAGGGCGUUUUGCUCUACGGCCCGCCUGGAACGGGGAAAACGCUGUCCGCGCGGGCGGUGGCGAACCGGACGGAGGCGACGUUCAUCCGCGUUCUGGGCAGCGAGCUGGUGCAGAAGUACGUCGGCGAGGGCGCGCGCAUCGUCCGCGAGUUGUUCCAGCUCGCUCGCAGCAAGAAGGCGUGCAUUAUUUUCUUCGAUGAAGUGGACAGCAUCGGAGGAACGCGAUUCGACGGCGACGGCGACAGCGGCGACACGGACGUGCAGAACACCAUGCUGGAGUUGGUCAACCAGCUCGACGGCUUCGAUGCCCGCGGGAAUAUCAAGGUGCUCAUGGCGACCAAUCGUCCCGACACGCUGGAUCCCGCGCUGAAACGCCCGGGGCGGCUGGAUCGGAAGGUGGAAUUCGCGCUGCCGGAUUUGGAGGGCCGGACGGAGAUUUUUAAGAUCCACGCGCGGCCGAUGACGUGCGAGCGGGGGAUUCGGUUCGAAUUGCUGGCAAGACUGUGUCCGAACACGACGGGCGCGGAGAUCCGGAGCGUGUGCACGGAGGCAGGGAUGUUCGCGAUUCGGGCAAGGCGCAAGGCGGUGACGGAGGACGAUUUCUUGAAGGCGAUCGAUAAGGUGAUUAAGGGAUAUCAGAAGUUCUCGUCCACCUCGAAGUAUAUGGUGUAUAAUUGGAAUGUUUGUUGGAAAGACGAGGGAAGAAGGGGAAAUGGGAUGACGAUUUUUUUGGAGGUGAUAGCAUUGAGAGUGGUGUGA